AAAUCCCUAAAUGCCUAAAAUUGUCUAUGCUGAUGGAUUUUCAUGCAAAACUCCACAGUCAGCUUAUUUCAAGAAACUAGGUCAAAAAAUAAAAAAAACAUAUAUAGCUUAAUAAAAGUUAUUUCACUCAGUGUUUUUGUUUGUUUGAUUUUACUUUUUUGACUUAAAGGUGAAAUAGUUCAUUGUCUAGCUCUAAUCUGUAAGAGACAUGAGAGUAAUAAGAGACAUGCUCAAAAUGUUUUUGGCACCCACAAAUGUGAGCAGAGUAAAUUUCUCCUUGGUUCUGGGCUACCGUGAUGGGGAAACAGACUUCUUUGUCUUCCACUGGCACUUCCAUUUCGUGCCCCAAUUUCAACGAGGGAAUCACAUGAAUAUAAAUCCGUGACUUGAAUAACAUGGAGAAAAAAAAGCAAGGAAGAAGAUUCCACAGGAUCAUUUGAAUUCUGCUUGAUUACGACAUGUUUAUACGUCACCACAUAAUCCAAGUCAAUUUGGAUCUCACGUUACACAGAGACCACAGACUGGUGACUUGGAAACAGUCUGCCUGCAGUGAGUAUGGCUUCAAAUCAUCAGCUACUGCAUGCCUGUGGAGGUUUAUGGCUAGAUCUGGACAUUUCAAAGCUUGUUUGAUUUGCUACAAACAACUGAAGAGUCAAGAAUUAUCAGUGAUACAAAACAGCUUUCUGGAACAUGGGAGUGAAUGCAAAUCAGCUACUCUUCUUCUCCUGCCUACUUUUUGUGACUGGCUGUUGCAAUGGUGGUAGAAUCUUAGUGUUUCCAGAAGAUGGCAGCCACUGGGUGAAUAUGCAGGUCAUACUCAAGGAGUUGCAUGCCCGUGGCCACAGUCUGACAGUGGUACGACCUUCCAGAAGCUGGUACAUUCAGGACAGUUCUUCUCUCUACACAUUCAUUAAUGUUAACCUCACUAAUACAGAAGAUGUUAGCCCAGGAUUAUUUGAGACCUUGUUAGAGCGGUCACUAGCUUUACGUAGGAUGACACCAAUCCUGCGCUUUUUUGAACAGCAGAAGGACGUGAUGACCAUGCUGAGGAUAUUCCACAGCGGAGCCCUGAGUAUUGUUUCUACCAUGUUGGAUGACUCAGCACUGAUGGGAAAACUGCGCGAUGCUAAGUUUGACCUAAUGCUCACUGACCCUGCUUUCCCUGCUGGGGUUCUCCUGGCCCACUAUCUCCAUUUACCCAUGGUGUAUAAUGUACGCUGGCUCAAUGCAGGAGACGCACAUAUGGCCAUUGCUCCAUCGACACCAUCUUAUGUUCCCAUGUACAACUCAUUGUUCAGUGACAGAAUGGGCUUCCUGCAGAGGACUGAGAACUUCCUUCGAUAUAUGUUCAGCCUCCUCCAGGAGCAAUUUGUUAUCCUCCCCAUUUAUGAUGCAUUGCUCAAGAGGCACUUUCCACCAGGAUCAGAUCUUCUCACCAUGCAGCGUUCAGCAGAUAUUUGGUUGAUGCGUGUUGAUUUUAUUUUGGAGUACCCACGCCCUAGCAUGCCUAAUGUAGUUUACAUAGGUGGCUUCCAGUGUCGCCCAGCUGAACCCAUUCUUACAGAGCUGGAGGAGUUUAUGCAGAGUUCUGGGGAGCAUGGCGUGGUGGUCAUGUCCCUGGGAGUCAUGGUCACUGCGCUUCCAAAACAAAUCACAGAAGCCAUUGCGGCUGCCUUUGCUAAGCUACCUCAAAAAGUCGUAUGGAGGUAUGUGGGUGAGCGACCUUCAUCUCUGGGUAACAACACUUUGCUUCUUGAAUGGCUUCCUCAAAAUAAUCUCCUGGGGCACCCAAAGACAUGUGCAUUUGUGUCUCAUGGUGGCACCAAUGGCAUCUACGAAGCUAUCUACCACGGGAUUCCUGUGUUGCUUCUGCCACUUCUCUUUGAUCAGUUUGACAAUGCAAUUCGACUGGAAACCCGAGGUGCAGCUCGUGUGCUUGAGGUCGGCACAUUGACUUCUGAAGAAUUCCUUGAAGCCCUCGAGGAUGUCAUUAAGAAUCCAUCUUACAGAAGCAAUAUGCAGAAACUCUCAGAGCUUCACCGUGAUCAGCCCCUUCCUCCUCUAGACAGUGCCACUUUCUGGAUUGAGUAUGUCAUCAGGCACAAAGGAGCUCAACACCUGUACUCAGAAGGAAGUAGUCUUCCAUGGUACUCCUACCACAAUCUAGAUGUGGUAGGUUUUCUGUUAGUCAUCAUUGUAGCUGUACUCUGGGCCUCAAUAUAUCUUGUUAAAUUUCUUUGUUGUAUGCCAGACAAGAAGCAAAAGGUUGAGUGAACUCAACCCGAGCCACCUCUAGACAUGCAUUCUACAAAAGGUGCAAAGGUGUGUUUUUGGGUUGUUUUUUUGUUGUUGUUGUUGUUGUUUGUUUGUUUGUUUGUUUUUUGUUUGUUUGUUUUUUUAGCAAAAGCACUUUAAGAUGUAAAUUAACUGUGAUAACUAAAAUUGCAGCCCUUUCAAAAUAGAUCAUUUAAUUCAAAUCAAUAGACAUUAUGUUUGCCACACAAUCUUCAUUACAGCCUUAACAAGUUUUAGAUUAUGCAAUAAAUCAUUAAUUUCUUGAUUGAUCAAAGGUAAAUUCACUUCUAGUGCCAUUUGUGAUCAUUACGAUGUACAUAUGCCAUUCUAGUGCCAUUUGUACUCAUUUCGAUGUGAUUUGGAAUAAAAUUUGCUUUUAAUGUAAUCAAAUCUAAUCAGUGUGCAUCAUUUACGUACAAGUCAGGAAACAAACUUUUUUGCUUUGAAAUUAAAAUGCAGAAUCAAUUACAGAAAUUGAUAUUAAGACAAAAAGUGAAACUGUGCCUGGAGUAAGAUAUUUUAUGAAGAAUAUUCCUUUCGUCCCCCAUAAAUAUAUCGCCAGUCUUCAUGCAUAUGACUACAAAACAAAACUAACCUUCUUUUUGAGGGGCUUUUGUCUAGAUGUCUAGAUUUGUCUAGACAUGUGGUUAUUUUUCUUCUGGCAGUUGCUGUGCUAAUAACAGACUUAAUGAUAGUGGCAGACAUUUAUAUUAAGAUCAUCUUAAAGAAAGUAUCAUAUGAAAUUAUAGAAACUUGACUUUGUUUUAAUAUAAAAGAUAGUUAACUGUCAUUGAAUAAGAUAGCCAUACAUUUAGAGAGAAAGCAUAUAAAGAUGAUAUAUAAAGAGCAUGUGUAUAAAAAAAGAGGCAGUACAAACGAAGCAGAGGUCAAUAUGAAGAAUUAGUUAUAGCACAUUUGUCCAGGUCUGCUUAAUCAUUAUAUUAAUGGAUAUUGAAGUAAAGAAUUUUAAAAAUAUUUUUUAGAAUCCAAUAAUGUUCAGUAUUUACUGGAUCAGCAAUAGGGAUAGACACUUCACUUAAUUCCCCAAUAGUCUCUUUCCACUUUCUGGUACUAAAAUCCCUGACCAGACGCACUUCUCAGCAUGCAUUAAAGCAUCCUCUAGGAUGCUUUAAUGAGAGCAUCCUUUAAAGAGAGCAUUCUCUCGGAAGCUCAUGGAGCUCAGUAGCUCAUAAAAGAGCUACUGAGCCCCAAAGCUGAUACCUUCACAUCUUCUGAUAUAAGAUUACAUUACAGUGAAAAAAAACCUAUUAACCAAUAGUAGCAUGUCAUGUUUCACCCAGCACCAACCCCCCGCUAUGAAUGUAUAAAAAUGUUAAACUUCACUCAAAUAUACAUCACUUCAUAAAAGAUACAUUUUACUUUGAAAAAAUAAAAUUAAAAAUGUAAAGAAAAAAAUAUGACAUAAGCAAGAUAGACACCUUGAGUAAGAUUUUUUUUUUCCAAAAUGUGGUUGGAUUAAAACUAAAAAAAUAAAGAAUUCACUGCCUAGCUUUGAUUUGUGUAAAUACCAUUUCUAGGAAACUGCAGAUAACAUGUUUUUGGCAUUCCAAAAUUGUGAGCAAAGUAAAACUACCAGUGGUGCUGACCUAAUCUUGGGAAGCUGGGGAAAAGGCUUCUUUGUAUUCAAUUUCACGGUCUAGUUUUGAGCAUUGAAUUGCUAAGUCAGUUUGGGUUCACACAGUUUCAUCAGGAUCUCCUGCUUUGCACUCUAAUCAUUACACGUUCAUUCAUGACCAUAUAAUCCAGGUCAGGUUGAAUGUCAUGUUACACAGAGACUCAGCAAAGACUGGUGACACAGAAACAGUGUACAGAGUAUGGCAUCUAAAUAUUCAGAUUCCUUAAACAUUGCUUUUUAAAUAUCCAGUCAGUGAGAGUUCUUGGAUAAAUUUAGAAAUAAAAACAAUUGAAAGAGUUAAGAAUUCAUGGUGCCACAAGAAAGGAAAACCUCCCCACUUUGUGCUUCUGCACUGUAAUGGCUCAGAGACAGGCCGAAAUAAAGUAAAAAAGAAAGAAAGAAAGAAAGAAAUUUAGCUGCUAAAUGCUGACUGAUUCGGAAUGAACCUCAAAGACAUUUUAAAUCAUUAGUGAAAACAGAAGCUGAGAUUUCUCAGUGAUGAAGGCCUAGCGCUUCAUGGUCAUUGCGCCAUCAACACCAUUCCAUGUUCCCAUGUACAACUCAUUGUUCAGUGACAAAAUGGACUUCCUGCCGAGGACUGAGAACUUCCUUUGACUUAUGGUCAACCUCCUCCAGAAGCAAUACGUUAUCCUACACAUUUAUGAUGAACUGCUCGAGAGAAAUUUUCCUCUUUUCCCAGGAUCAGAUCAUUUCACACGCAGCGUUCAGCUUUUUUAACCUUUCAUAUCUUGUAACAUAGUCUUUAUAUGUGUUGGCUACUCAUGAUACUUUAUUGGACUUUUUCAAGAUCAGAAGGCUAUCCGUGAUUGGGCUUUUGUGUAUUUUGUGUGACCUGUUUUGGUCAUUCUGUACAAUACUGUUGGCUAAAACAUUGUCAUUAGGCUUACUAAUUACAUUAGUGACAACACACAUUAGCAUCAUCAGUGCAGGCAUAAAAGUUAUGAAUCCUAGCGUUCGCCACCAUUGAAUAUUGUAGUGUAGACUGUAUACUGUAGACUGAAGUGUGCUAAUAUAUGAACUUUCCAACAUCAGUUAAUCAGUUAUUAAGCUCUUGUCUAAUGAUUAGAUGCAUAUUACUAGCUCUACAUUUUUCUUUGUUUUUGUUUUUUUGCCUAGGGCCUGGACAGCGUAUAAUAGUUGAGGAAACUAUUAAUGAAAUGCAAAAUGAAUGCAGUGUUAAAGGAGAAUGUGGACCGGAAGCUUAUUGGAUGACUAAUGAAACAGUGAACAAUAAAAACAUGAAAAGUGCAUUUGUUUGUGUGAUUAGUUAAGAGAGAAUGUGUUUGUCUAUGAUUAUGACUUGGAUAAAGAUCAGACUACAUUUUAUGAGUAAUUAAUACAAAAAUCCAGGAAAGCUCACAACAUCUAUUGUUGUAGAAAGUACGCCUCUAGUUCCUAAGUCUAUGCCUAUGCCUCUAGCUCAUAAAGCUGCCUGGCAUUGUGCUAUGAUAGUAAAAAAAAAAAAAAAAAAAAGCUCAUUUAUGACUAGAAGAAGUAACCAUGCUGCUUCUGCACUGCAUGCUGAGCUAAUCGGUAUAGCUCUGUAAACUAGCUAGCUGGGAAUGUUGCCGCAGCAAUAAACCAUACACGAUCCCCAAUCUUACUUUAAUGGUGUGGCUUGCUGUGAGCACCAUGUCACUGGAAAUGCACCCUGCAUUGUCUUUGAAUUUUUAAAAUCCCAUUUUAUUUGUCUUUUAUAUAAUUGCUUAAUUACCCGAGAUGAUAUACAGCACAUUGGCCGACACACAUUGUCUUUUAAAUGUGCUGUAUAAAUAAAAGUGACUUGUGAUUUCUACGUACAUAUAACAUCAGAUACUUUACUUUUAUUUGAGUCACUUACUGCUAACAGGUAUAGAUCAUGGACCUCAUUUAAACCAUUUUA